CGCCCUCCUCCGCGGCAUCUUCCCCGGCGUCCAGCCUCCUGCCCUCCCUCCCGCCAGCCGUUCCGCCUGGGCCCCGCGCACCUCCGCCGGGCUGUGCAGCCGCCGCCCGCGCCUAGCUGCCCCCAAAGGACGCCAAACGAGCCCCGAGGAGACCCUCCUCUUCUUUUGGGGGUGACUUUUGUUCGCUCGCCUGCUUCCUUUGGGUGACUUCUGCAGCUUUCCAGGAUCUGUGCCCGGAGCGCACGGGAAUCCGCUCAGCCUCUUGCACCCCCUCCCACCCCCCGCCUUUUUUUUUCCCUUGUGAGGUCCGCUUUCUUUGUAACUUUAUGCCGCGGCUGCUCGGGUUACUUUUGUAAUUUCCCGCCCCCACCCGCUGGCGGUCCUGGAGUCGCUCGGGGCAGUGGCCCGGGGGAUGCAACGUGGACCUCGCCGGACUACCGGCUGCAUCGCCGCCGCGCCUCGCUGCCCCCAGCGCUAGAGCCCGCGCUCCGCACGCUGCGGGUCAGGAGCUGACGCUCGCUGCAUCCCGCUCCAUCCACCAGGGCACCGCCACCCAAGCGAGUCCCGCGAGCUGACGAAGGGCUGGUCAGACAGACCCUGACUUUUUUUUUUUUUCUUUUUCCGGGCCUCGCGGAUUUGGUCUUCGACAGCCCCUCUCUCCGCGGGCCUCGGUCCCUGUGCUCUUGGCGCCGGCGAUGGGGAGACGGCGGCGGUCGUGUCUCCAGCCCUAUUUCGUGUGGCUGGGUUGCGUGGCGCUCUGGGCGCAGGGCACAGCGGGUCAGCCCCAGCCUCCGCCACCUAAGACGCUCCGACCCCAGCCGCCCCCGCAACAGGUCCGGGCCGCGGUAGCGGGCUCCGAAGGCGGCUUCGCGGCGCCCGAGUACCGGGACGAGGGUGCGGUAGCGGCGAGCCGCGUCCGCAGGCGAGGACAGCAGGACAUACUCCGAGGGCCCAACGUGUGCGGCUCUAGAUUCCACUCUUACUGCUGCCCUGGAUGGAAGACGCUCCCGGGAGGAAAUCAAUGCAUUGUCCCCAUUUGCCGGAACAGUUGCGGAGAUGGAUUUUGUUCCCGCCCCAACAUGUGUACUUGCUCCAGUGGACAAAUAUCCCCGACCUGCGGAGCAAAAUCAAUCCAGCAGUGUAGCGUGAGAUGCAUGAACGGUGGGACCUGUGCUGAGGACCAUUGCCAGUGCCAGAAGGGAUACAUCGGGACUUACUGUGGACAACCUGUCUGUGAAAAUGGAUGCCAGAAUGGUGGGCGUUGCAUCGGCCCCAACCGAUGUGCUUGUGUCUAUGGAUUCACGGGGCCACAGUGUGAGAGAGACUACAGGACAGGCCCGUGUUUCACACAAGUCAAUAAUCAGAUGUGCCAGGGGCAGCUGACGGGCAUCGUCUGCACGAAGACACUGUGCUGUGCCACCAUUGGACGAGCCUGGGGUCAUCCCUGUGAGAUGUGUCCAGCCCAGCCUCAGCCCUGCCGCCGGGGCUUCAUUCCCAACAUCCGCACAGGAGCCUGUCAAGAUGUUGACGAAUGCCAGGCUAUCCCAGGAUUGUGCCAAGGGGGGAACUGUAUCAACACAGUGGGCUCUUUCGAAUGCAGAUGCCCUGCUGGUCACAAGCAGAGUGAGACAACUCAGAAAUGCGAAGACAUCGAUGAGUGCAGUGUGGUUCCUGGGGUCUGUGAAACCGGUGACUGUUCCAACACCGUGGGAAGCUAUUUUUGUGUCUGUCCACGUGGCUUCGUAACCUCCACAGAUGGCUCUCGGUGCAUCGAUCAGAGGACGGGCACGUGCUUCUCUGGCCUGGUGAAUGGCCGCUGUGCACAAGAACUUCCGGGCCGGAUGGCAAAAGCCCAGUGUUGCUGUGAGCCCGGCCGCUGCUGGGGCAUCGGGACCAUUCCUGAGGCCUGUCCUGUCAGAGGUUCUGAGGAAUAUCGCAGACUGUGCCUGGAUGGCCUUCCAAUGGGCGGCGUUCCCGGGAGUUCGGUUUCUAGACCUGGAGGCCCUGGGGGCAAUGGAAAUGGCUAUGGCCCAGGAGGAACAGGCUUCCUCCCCAUCCCUGGGGGCAAUGGCUUUUCUCCUGGUGUUGGGGGAGCUGGUGUAGGUGCAGGGGGACAGGGACCCAUCAUCACUGGACUAACAAUUCUCAACCAGACAAUAGACAUAUGUAAGCACCACGCCAACCUGUGUUUGAAUGGACGCUGCAUACCUACUGUUUCUAGCUACAGAUGUGAAUGCAACAUGGGCUAUAAGCAGGAUGCAAAUGGAGACUGCAUAGAUGUUGACGAAUGCACAUCAAAUCCCUGCACUAAUGGAGAUUGUGUUAACACACCUGGAUCCUAUUACUGUAAAUGUCACGCUGGAUUCCAGAGGACUCCUACGAAGCAAGCAUGCAUUGAUAUUGAUGAGUGCAUCCAGAAUGGAGUUCUUUGUAAAAAUGGCCGCUGCGUGAACACUGACGGAAGUUUCCAGUGCAUUUGCAAUGCUGGCUUUGAGUUAACCACAGAUGGGAAAAACUGUGUCGACCAUGAUGAAUGCACAACUACCAACAUGUGUUUGAAUGGAAUGUGCAUCAAUGAAGACGGUAGCUUCAAAUGCAUAUGCAAGCCAGGCUUCGUUCUGGCACCAAACGGCCGCUACUGCACAGAUGUUGAUGAAUGCCAGACCCCAGGCAUCUGCAUGAACGGGCACUGCAUCAACAAGGAGGGAUCCUUCCGCUGUGACUGUCCCCCUGGCCUGGCUGUGGGAGUGGAUGGACGUGUAUGUGUUGACACUCACAUGCGUAGUACCUGCUAUGGCGGAAUCAAGAAGGGAGUGUGUGUGCGUCCUUUCCCCGGAGCAGUGACCAAGUCUGAGUGCUGCUGUGCUAAUCCCGACUACGGCUUUGGAGAGCCCUGCCAGCCUUGCCCUGCUAAAAAUUCAGCUGAGUUCCAUGGCCUCUGUAGCAGUGGAGUAGGCAUCACUGUGGAUGGAAGAGAUAUCAACGAGUGUGCUUUGGACCCUGACAUUUGUGCCAAUGGGAUCUGUGAAAACUUGAGGGGAAGCUACCGCUGUAACUGCAAUAGUGGCUAUGAGCCAGAUACUUCUGGAAGAAACUGCAUUGACAUUGAUGAGUGCUUGGUAAACAGACUGCUGUGUGACAAUGGCCUGUGCAGAAACACCCCGGGGAGUUACAGCUGCACGUGUCCCCCUGGCUAUGUGUUCCGGACGGAGACGGAGACCUGCGAAGAUGUAAAUGAAUGUGAGAGCAACCCAUGUGUCAAUGGGGCCUGCAGGAACAACCUCGGCUCCUUCCAUUGUGAGUGUUCGCCCGGCAGCAAGCUCAGCUCCACGGGAUUCGUCUGCAUCGACAGCCUGAAAGGGACAUGCUGGCUCAACAUCCAGGACAACCGCUGUGAGGUGAACAUUAAUGGGGCCACCCUGAAAUCCGAAUGCUGUGCCACUCUUGGAGCUGCCUGGGGGAGCCCCUGUGAGCGCUGUGAGCUAGACGCAGCUUGCCCAAGAGGGUUUGCCAGGAUCAAAGGUGUGACUUGUGAAGAUGUUAAUGAAUGCGAGGUGUUUCCUGGCGUCUGUCCAAAUGGACGCUGUGUCAACAGCAAAGGCUCUUUCCACUGUGAAUGCCCUGAAGGCCUUACGCUGGAUGGAACGGGCCGUGUGUGCUUGGAUAUCCGCGUGGAACAGUGCUUUCUGACGUGGGAUGAGGAUGAAUGCGUCCACCCCGUUCCUGGGAAAUUCCGCAUGGACGCCUGCUGCUGUGCAGUUGGGGCAGCUUGGGGCACAGAGUGUGAAGAAUGCCCCAAACCUGGCACCAAGGAAUAUGAGACCCUGUGCCCCCGGGGCCCAGGCUUUGCUAACAGAGGGGACAUCCUCACGGGGCGUCCGUUUUACAAAGAUAUCAACGAGUGCAAAGCCUUUCCCGGGAUGUGCACCUAUGGGAAGUGCAGAAACACAAUUGGAAGCUUCAAGUGCCGUUGCAAUAAUGGCUUCGCCCUGGACAUGGAGGAGAGAAACUGUACCGACAUCGAUGAGUGCAGGAUCUCUCCUGACCUCUGCGGGAGUGGCAUCUGUGUGAACACCCCGGGCAGCUUCGAAUGCGAGUGCUUUGAGGGAUAUGAGAGCGGCUUCAUGAUGAUGAAGAAUUGCAUGGACAUUGACGAAUGUGAACGUAACCCUCUCCUUUGUAGGGGUGGCACCUGUGUGAACACUGAGGGCAGCUUUCAGUGUGACUGCCCCCUGGGGCAUGAGCUGUCACCGUCCCGUGAGGACUGUGUGGAUAUUAAUGAGUGCUCCUUGAGCGACAAUCUCUGUAGAAAUGGCAAAUGUGUGAACAUGAUUGGAACCUACCAGUGCUCUUGCAGUCCUGGGUACCAGGCCACACCAGACCGCCAAGGCUGUACAGAUAUCGAUGAAUGUAUGAUAAUGAACGGAGGCUGCGACACCCAGUGCACAAAUUCAGAAGGGAGCUACGAAUGCAGCUGUAGUGAGGGGUACGCACUGAUGCCGGAUGGGAGAUCGUGUGCAGACAUUGAUGAAUGUGAAGACCAUCCUGAUGUCUGUGAUGGUGGUCAGUGCACCAACAUUCCGGGGGAGUAUCGCUGCCUCUGUUAUGAUGGCUUCAUGGCUUCCAUGGACAUGAAAACAUGCAUCGAUGUGAAUGAAUGUGACUUGAAUCCCAACAUCUGCAUGUUUGGGGAGUGUGAGAACACGAAGGGGUCUUUCAUCUGCCACUGUCAGCUGGGCUAUUCGGUGAAGAAGGGGACCACGGGGUGCACAGACGUGGACGAGUGUGAAAUCGGUGCCCACAACUGUGACAUGCACGCCUCCUGUCUGAAUGUCCCCGGAAGCUUCAAGUGCAGCUGCCGAGAAGGCUGGGUGGGGAACGGCAUCAAAUGUAUUGAUCUGGAUGAGUGCUCGAAUGGAACCCACCAAUGCAGCAUAAACGCUCAGUGUGUCAACACCCCAGGCUCCUACCGAUGUGCCUGCUCGGAGGGCUUCACAGGGGACGGCUUCACUUGCUCAGACGUUGACGAGUGUGCGGAGAACAUAAACCUUUGUGAGAAUGGCCAGUGCCUGAACGUGCCGGGAGCUUACCGCUGCGAGUGCGAAAUGGGCUUCACCCCAGCCUCGGACAGCAGGUCCUGCCAAGAUAUUGACGAAUGCUCUUUCCAAAACAUCUGUGUCUUUGGAACCUGCAACAAUUUGCCUGGGAUGUUUCACUGUAUCUGUGAUGAUGGUUACGAACUGGACAGGACAGGAGGAAACUGCACAGAUAUUGAUGAGUGUGCAGAUCCCAUAAACUGUGUCAACGGCCUAUGUGUGAACACGCCUGGUCGCUAUGAGUGUAACUGCCCACCUGACUUUCAGCUGAACCCCACUGGCGUGGGUUGUGUUGACAACCGCGUGGGCAACUGUUACUUGAAGUUUGGUCCUCGAGGAGAUGGGAGUCUGUCCUGCAACACAGAGAUCGGGGUGGGCGUCAGUCGCUCCUCCUGCUGCUGCUCCCUGGGGAAGGCCUGGGGAAACCCCUGCGAGACGUGUCCCCCUGUAAAUAGCACUGAAUAUUAUACCCUGUGUCCUGGAGGUGAAGGCUUUAGACCGAACCCCAUCACGAUCAUCUUAGAGGACAUUGACGAAUGUCAGGAGUUGCCCGGGCUCUGCCAGGGCGGGAACUGUAUCAACACUUUUGGGAGUUUCCAGUGUGAGUGCCCACAGGGCUACUACCUCAGUGAGGAGACCCGCAUCUGUGAAGAUAUUGACGAAUGUUUUGCCCACCCCGGCGUGUGUGGACCUGGCACCUGCUACAACACCCUGGGGAAUUACACUUGCAUCUGCCCACCAGAGUACAUGCAAGUCAACGGCGGGCACAACUGCAUGGACAUGAGGAAAAGCUUUUGCUACCGAAGCUAUAAUGGGACCACUUGUGAAAACGAGUUACCUUUUAACGUGACCAAGAGGAUGUGCUGCUGUACAUACAAUGUCGGCAAAGCCUGGAACAAACCUUGUGAGCCGUGCCCUACGCCAGGAACAGCUGACUUUAAAACUAUAUGUGGAAAUAUUCCCGGAUUCACCUUUGACAUCCACACAGGGAAAGCCGUUGACAUCGACGAAUGCAAAGAGAUUCCAGGCAUCUGUGCAAACGGUGUGUGCAUUAACCAGAUCGGCAGUUUCCGCUGCGAAUGCCCCACAGGCUUCAGCUACAACGACCUGCUCUUGGUCUGCGAAGACAUCGACGAGUGCAGCAACGGUGACAACCUCUGCCAGCGCAACGCAGACUGCAUCAACAGCCCUGGCAGCUACCGCUGCGAGUGUGCCGCUGGCUUCAAACUCUCUCCCAACGGGGCCUGUGUAGAUCGCAAUGAAUGUUUAGAAAUUCCUAAUGUGUGCAGUCAUGGCCUGUGUGUUGAUUUGCAAGGGAGUUACCAGUGCAUCUGCAACAAUGGCUUUAAGGCUUCUCAGGACCAGACCAUGUGCAUGGAUGUGGAUGAGUGUGAGCGGCAUCCGUGUGGAAACGGGACCUGUAAGAAUACUGUCGGCUCCUACAACUGCCUGUGCUACCCAGGGUUUGAGCUCACUCACAACAACGAUUGCCUCGACAUAGACGAGUGCAGCUCAUUUUUCGGCCAAGUGUGCAGAAAUGGCCGGUGCUUCAAUGAAAUUGGCUCCUUCAAGUGUCUGUGCAAUGAAGGUUAUGAACUCACAACAGACGGCAAAAACUGUAUCGAUACCAACGAGUGUGUCGCACUUCCUGGGUCUUGUUCUCCUGGGACCUGUCAGAAUCUGGAGGGAUCAUUCAGGUGCAUCUGUCCCCCCGGAUAUGAAGUGAAAAGCGAGAACUGCAUUGAUAUAAAUGAAUGUGACGAAGACCCCAACAUUUGCCUCUUUGGUUCCUGCACCAACACCCCAGGCGGCUUCCAGUGCAUCUGCCCCCCUGGCUUUGUCCUGUCUGAUAAUGGACGGAGAUGCUUCGAUACGCGUCAGAGUUUCUGCUUCACCAACUUCGAAAACGGAAAGUGUUCUGUCCCCAAGGCCUUCAACACCACCAAAGCGAAGUGCUGUUGCAGUAAGAUGCCAGGCGAGGGAUGGGGGGACCCGUGUGAGCUGUGCCCCAAAGACGAUGAAGUUGCAUUCCAGGAUCUGUGUCCAUAUGGCCAUGGGACAGUCCCUAGUCUUCAUGAUACACGAGAAGAUGUCAAUGAGUGUCUUGAGAGCCCAGGCAUUUGCUCAAACGGUCAGUGCAUCAACACCGAUGGAUCUUUCCGUUGUGAAUGUCCAAUGGGCUACAACCUGGAUUAUACUGGAGUCCGGUGCGUGGAUCUGGAUGAAUGUGCCGAAGGGCUACACGACUGUGAAUCUCGAGGCAUGAUGUGUAAGAAUCUGAUUGGCACCUUCAUGUGCAUCUGCCCCCCUGGCAUGGCCCGCAGGCCCGAUGGAGAGGGCUGUGUAGAUGAAAAUGAAUGCAGAACCAAGCCAGGUAUCUGUGAAAAUGGACGUUGUGUUAACAUCAUUGGGAGCUACAGAUGUGAGUGCAAUGAAGGAUUCCAGUCAAGCUCCUCAGGCACCGAAUGCCUCGACAACCGGCAGGGCCUGUGCUUUGCAGAGGUGUUGCAGACCAUGUGCCAAAUGGCGUCCAGCAGCCGCAACCUCGUCACGAAGUCAGAGUGCUGCUGUGACGGUGGCCGGGGUUGGGGCCACCAGUGUGAGCUCUGCCCACUUCCCGGAACUGCCCAGUACAAGAAGAUAUGUCCUCAUGGCCCAGGAUACGCCACUGAUGGAAGAGACAUCGACGAGUGUAAGGUGAUGCCGAGCCUCUGCACGAACGGCCAGUGCGUCAACACCAUGGGCACCUUCCGCUGCUUCUGCAAGGUUGGCUACACCACCGACAUCAGCGGGACGGCCUGCGUAGACCUCGAUGAAUGCUCACAGUCUCCAAAACCGUGCAACUUCAUCUGCAAGAACACCGAGGGCAGUUACCAGUGCUCCUGUCCCCGGGGGUACGUCCUGCAGGAGGACGGAAAGACAUGCAAAGACCUUGAUGAAUGUCAAACCAAACAGCACAACUGCCAGUUCCUCUGUGUCAACACCCUGGGGGGGUUCACCUGUAAAUGCCCUCCUGGGUUCACCCAGCAUCACACUGCUUGCAUUGACAACAACGAAUGUGGGUCUCAGCCCUCACUCUGUGGCACGAAGGGGAUCUGUCAGAACACUCCUGGGAGCUUCAGCUGCGAAUGCCAAAGAGGGUUCUCUCUGGACGCCUCUGGGCUGAACUGUGAAGAUGUUGAUGAAUGCGAUGGAAACCACAGGUGCCAACAUGGCUGCCAGAACAUCCUGGGAGGUUAUAGGUGUGGCUGCCCCCAGGGAUAUGUGCAGCAUUACCAGUGGAAUCAGUGUGUCGAUGAGAACGAAUGUUCCAACCCCAGCGCCUGUGGCUCUGCGUCCUGCUACAACACCCUGGGCAGUUACAAGUGCGCCUGCCCCUCGGGCUUCUCCUUCGACCAGUUCUCCAGCGCCUGCCACGACGUGAACGAGUGCUCCUCCUCCAACAACCCCUGCAGCUAUGGCUGCUCCAACACGGAAGGCGGCUACCUCUGCGGCUGCCCGCCGGGGUACUUCAGAGUGGGACAGGGCCACUGUGUCUCGGGGAUGGGCUUCAACAAAGGACAGUACCUCUCGGUGGACACGGAGGUGGAUGAGGAAAAUGCUCUGUCCCCAGAAGCGUGCUACGAAUGCAAAAUCAAUGGCUACCCCAAGAAAGAUGGCAGGCAGAAGAGGAGCUUGCAGGAGCCUGGGCCAGCCUCGGCUGUGGAGCAAAUCAGCCUAGGCAGCGUCGCCAUGGACAGCCCGGUCAACAUGAAGUUCAACCUCUCUGGCCUUGGCUCCAAGGAGCACAUCCUAGAACUGGUACCUGCCAUUGAGCCCCUCAACAACCACAUCCGUUACGUCAUCUCCCAAGGGAAUGACGGCGGCCUCUUCCGAAUCCACCAAAGGAAUGGGCUCAGCUACCUGCACACAGCCAAGAAGAAGCUCACCCCCGGCACUUACACACUGGAAAUCACCAGCAUCCCUCUCUAUGGGAAGAAGGAGCUUAGGAAACUGGAGGAAUACAAUGAGGAUAACUACCUCCUAGGGGUGCUGGGGGAAGCCCUGAGGAUGAGGCUUCAGAUUCAGCUGUACUAGCCCUUUGCAGACUUGGGUCCCACACCCAACUCAGAUCCCAGCACUGCCAGCCUUCAGAAGUGUUUGGAAUGUCAGUGACUAAUUUUAAAAGAGGAAAAAAAAAAAUGACUUCUGUUCCUUUCCUCCCUGAUUCAGACUUUGGGAUGUUGACCCUCACAGGGAGGGAUAACUUAGACUCCAGUACGGCCAAAGAUUUGAGUGCAAAGGCAAACAUAGUUACUGUAUUUUUUAUAUAACUUCAUUUUAAAAUAUAUUAAAAAAAAAAACCUAAAUGUUUGAGAGAUCAGCAUAUGGCACUAAAUGCACAAAAAUAAUGUGAGCUUUCUUCCUGUUAGCAGUCUGUAACACUUUGGGUAUUUUGCUAUAGUUGCUAAUUAAAAAAAAAAUAUAGAUGUUUAUUUAUUUUAAUGCAGUAAUAUAUGGAGAAAAGAACAAACUAUGUAAACAAAAAGGGAAAGUUGCUUGUUUUUCUUUAGAUUUAUAAAUUUGUGGUAUUUCUUUUAGAGGUGCUUUAAAAAAAAAAAAAGUCCAGUACAUUCCAGAGAUGUCUCCUUUGGUUUCUCUGCCAGCCCUCCAACUGGUACGCACCUGACUAUUUGAGAGAAAGUCUUACGGAGCUGAAUGGGCAGUGUAAUCAAUAAUUUAGAAGACGUACAUGUCGUCUGAUCCCAUCUAAAGGAGAUCAAAGCCAGAGCAGCUCACGUGACAAUAUUUCACAUCACCAGAUUCACCAGGCCACCGUAGAGGAAACUCAAACCACUGUAGCAAAAUACCUUGAGUGCUCGUGAGACCGUUAGCGUCGCAGGCCAAACUGUACUGUAUUUCCUUCUCAUAACCUCAAGGAACCACAUGUGCUGCCCACAACACCUCAUUCUUACCAGGGCGUGCUGCACACUUGUGGUCCCCUAGGCAGCUGAAGAACCGCUGUUCCUGUGAAUAGGAACACCUGGCGUCUCGUCGCGUUUGGUGCUGUCGUAGAUCAAUGGUGCAUUUAUUAUGUUCAAGCUAUUUCAGGAUUGCCAUAUGUGCAAACAAUCAUGCCACGCAGCCAAGGAAUAUAUGUUGAUGUUGUUGUUUUUUUUUUUUAACCCAUGUUUUUUUUAGAAUUUUUCAUUAAUACUGUAGUUAUACACCAUAUGCCUCAUUUUAUCAUAGCUUAUUGUGUAUGAAGUACCUUUGUAAAAUGAAUUGAUAUUUAGUUUGCUUUAGCCAUUUGGAAAGAUGCUACACCAGGAGGUACUAAUAAGGGCACAUCUCCAUGCUCUUCUCUCCAGAGAACCCAUCCCUGGACCCGUGACGAAACCUCCUAAGUGAAAUGGCCAAAGCGCACACAGACUGCCAAUCAUUCCUCUCACACCCUGUGUCGACCAAAGAGUAGCAACCAGUUAUAUCCAGUGUUUGAGGGCUUUUCUCGUUUUUGUUCGUUUGUUUUUAAUAACUAAAAAGAAAAACAAUGUAAAUUUGUAAUCAAGUGUUUGUGAGGAAAAAACUUAUGGAUUUUGGUUGUGUUUGUUUUUGUAGGUCUAUGUAUCAGAUAUGACACUUGUCUUGCAAUAAAGCUUAUUUUGGGGUA